AACAAUCAUUCACACUGACGACUCAGUUACAGUAACACACUACAGUGUCUUUUAUGUUCAUUAUAUGGUAGAAAUCAAAAUAAUUUUUGUGCAUUGGACAAUUUAUCUUAUCAAUAUUGUUGUAUAUUCAAGCGUGUCGUGAAUUUCAGCGCAUAAACAGUGCUUUAAAAAGUGAAUUUUACGAAAACGAAAUAGAAAUUAAGACGAAUAUAUAAAUAAUAAUGGGUCGAUCCAGGUCACGUAGUCGAACACCAAAAAAGCAUCAUAAAAGUAAACAUCGCAAAAAGAGUAAAUCUAAAGAACGUGAACGCGAACGAUCCGAAAGACGUUCCAUUUCAAUUCUAUCACAUUCAAAAUAUUCGCGUGAUAAAAGCCAUGAACGAAGUCCCAGAUCCAGAAAACGUUCUGUGUCGGUGUCUUCAAGGAGCAGUAGCGAUGACUCCUUAGAUAUACCAAAACGACGAAAGAAGAGCGGCCGACGAAAACUGGAUGAAGUUGAACGUUUGGCUGAAAUGGAACGGCAAAGGAGACAAAAAGAAGUUGAGCAGAAGACAGUUGAGGAUGAAGCGGCACGACGAAUUGAAUUUUUGGUAAAAAAGCGCGUCGAAGAAGAGCUGGAAAAGCGUAAAGAUGAAAUUGAACAGGAGGUAAAUCGUCGAGUGGAAGCGGCCAAAGUUCAGAUGGAACGUGAAAUGAUGGUUGAAUUAGAAAAACGACGUGAGGCAGCUCGUUUAGAAGAGCAAAAACGAGAGGAAACUGAACGGAAAAAACGUGAAGAGCUCGAACAAAUCAUCGCCGAAAAUAACAAGAAGAUCGAAGAGGCUCAAAAGAAAUUGGCCGAAGAACGAUUGAGUAUAAUCGAAGAGCAGAGAAAAAUGGAUGAAGCCAGACAAAAAAUGCGAAAAGAGCAUGAAAAACGUGUUAAAGAAGAACAAAAAAUGAUUUUGGGUAAAAACAAUUCGCGGCCAAAGUUAUCGUUCUCUUUAAAACCAACGGUUUGAACCGGUUUCAUAAAGUGUAAAAAUUCUAUAACCAAAAAAACACAACAUUUUUCGGAAAUCAUAAAAAUUGUUCGAGCAAAUGUGAUUUUACUUAAAAAUUGUAAAAAAAAAUUCUUCGUUGAUUCUAUAUGCACGCAAGUCAAUAUUUGACUUUACCUAAAAUGAGUUAUGUGAGAUAAAAACAAAACUGAUUUGAAAUAAGAAAGAAGCACAAAAGCCCUUCGAGUAAUUGCCAUGUGUGUCAUAUAUGCCCUGCAGAAAAAGAAAAAUAUAAAUGUAUUCGUUUCCAUAUAAUAAAAUCCCUCAAAAGUGAAUUAAAUAUUGAAUGUAAAUUAUAUGACUUGAAGAUGCUAUGGUUUGAAAAGUGUCUAGUAUUAAGCAUUUUUUGAGCACAAGAUUUCAAGUGAUAUAGUUUUCCAUAAAUAAUCAAAUGAAAUACUAAAAUUUAAUGAUUCGAAGCGGUUUCUUUUGUGCUUAGUGGCAGAAAAGUGUUUUUUUAUCAAGUAGUUGUUUAUUAAAUUCAACGUUUCAGUUUUAUUUAUUUCCAUUCGAAAAUCGUAUUAAUUUCCAAUCAAACAUAAAAUCGAUUGCAAUCAUUGAACACUCAAUAAAAUGAAGAGAAUAUUUAAUUAGUAA